AUGCUUGGCGCGCAUUGCCCGCUCUGCUGUGAGUAUGACUCUGUGACCGGGAUGUCUCAGCGGGGCGGGGUUUAACGGGCAUGUUUGAAAACAUUCAUUGCGUCUCCGAGCCGGUGUACGCUGUCAUAACAAUGCAACAUACUCAAAAAUGUGCGUCACUACUAAAACGCUUGCCUUUGCUGCUGCGGAUGCUGAUUAGUUCAAAAACGUGUCACUCACUACGUCCUCAUAACUGAUUAGCUGUCUGAAACUAAGCCCCGCCCACUAGGGUCUUAUAUAAAUUUGCUCGGAGCUCAGCCAUCUUUUUCGGUUUCCUGUGGCCUGUCUCGUUCUCUCGCCGGAAAACUCCUCUGUCCAACCAUUUUAAGCCCGCCUGCAGACAUCAUGGCCAAGCCCAGAGUCUUCUUCGACAUCACCGCUGACGGCAAACCUCUGGGCCGCAUCGUCAUGGAGCUCCGUGCCGACGUGGUUCCCAAGACGGCGGAGAACUUCCGGGCGCUGUGCACCGGAGAGAAGGGCUUUGGCUACAAGGGGUCGUCCUUCCACCGCAUCAUCCCGGACUUCAUGUGCCAGGGCGGCGACUUCACCAACCACAACGGAACCGGCGGGAAGUCCAUCUAUGGCAACAAGUUCGCCGAUGAGAAUUUCAGCCUGACCCACACCGGGCCGGGCAUCCUGUCCAUGGCCAACGCCGGGCCCAACACCAACGGCUCGCAGUUCUUCAUCUGCACCGUGAAGACCACAUGGCUGGACGGGAAGCACGUGGUGUUCGGCAGCGUGGUGGAGGGAAUGGACAUCGUCAAGAAGAUGGAGUCCUUCGGAACCUCUUCAGGGAAACCAAAAUGCAAGACGGUCAUCGCCGACUGCGGCCAGCUCUGAGCACCAUGGCAACCACCCCCGACCCCAACACGACCCCCUGCUGACCCUGUAGUCUGGCCCCCUUUAGGCCCCGCCCCCUCCAUAAAUCAACAUUCCUAUCGAUGGAGAUUCAGCAGAUUUCGUCCUGUUUGUGUUCAGUCGACUGAUAAUGUUGCUGCAUCUGUGACUUUGCCUUUCUGAAGUUUCUUUUGCAUUAACGUUUUUCCACAAAGUCCUGACGGUUUUUUGUUAAAUCAAAUGAAAUGAAGAAAUAAAAGAUGCCUUGAUAAUUA